AUGAAAAAGGGAAAAGUAAUAAAUAACCUGCAUAAGCAGAUAAAAUCGCUAGAGGAUAACAACAUCCCAUAUAAAUAUUAUAGCGCUCCAAAUAACGUGAACAUUCGAAAUUAUUUAAGUGACAGGAAGAUUCGAUAUUCCUGUCCGCCCAACUCCUACUUAAGUCUCAACGAGUUGUUAAAAUUGGUAGACACUUUGGAUCACCAUGACAGUGACGAGAUGAAACAUUUAGACUAUAACGGGGAUACGGUAGCAAAUGGUAUAACAAAUGGGAAGGCCAAGAAGGAGGAGUAUAUGUAUGGCCAAUUCAGCAGAGUGCCAAAGGAUGCUUUACAUAAUAACGUUCUGGUGAAGGAGGCAAGUCUGUGUGAUCAGGCUGAUUAUCAUACCAUUGCAUAUAAUCAGGACUAUCGCAAGUAUGACAAACACGCUAAUAAUGACAGCCGUGUGAAUUACGGAUACAGCGAACAUAGCAACAUGAGUAACAUGUAUAAGCAUCCUCCUGAUCAGCCAUAUGAGGAUAACCCUGUGAGAGAUAGCGCCGUACAGAAUAAUUACUGUCUGUUCAGCCAGGACGACACGCCCAAUUAUAAGAACGCGUCAAACGUGAGAGAAGCUGACACAGUAAGAAUUACAUCGCCACCUUCCUACGAAAGCAAUUGCAUUAAGCGAACAAGCCAGACAAAGGUGGAGAACUCGUCACAAGAACCUGCUACUAGCAAAGAUGGUAGCUUGCUAAAGAAUCUACUAGAAUGCAGAGUUAAAUUGUCCAAAUGGAAUAACAUUACAGAUCCGGAAAAAGUAAUCAGCACGAAAAAUUUAAAACUACUUCUGUUGCAUCGCCCCAGCUCGAUUGACGACAUAAAAAAUUUGAAUCUGAUCGGAUUCGGGGAAAAUAAAAUAAGAAAAUAUGGCCACGACAUUUUGAAUGUUUUCCUAUCUGGUUCCACGGACUAG